UGGGGGAUGGGUUUUUGGUGGUUUUACGGGGGAGGGAGGGUUUUGGGAAGGAUAUUCGUUGGUUGUCGGGGAGGAAGGAAGGGGGUACGGUGACGCGUGGAGGAAGGGGUUGGCGGCGGCAUCGGGGAGGGGGAUCUGAAAGCGGCCGGCGUCAGGAAGGAUUUUGGGGGCGCCGGUGGUGGGUGGCUGGUGGAGGAAUCAGGAGAUGGUUUUUUUUUUUUUUUUUUUUUUUUUUUUUUUUUUUGAAGAAGAAGAAAAUUUAAAAAAAUAUUUAAAUUGUUAAGUUUUUUUUUUUGAAAAGUUUUAAUUGUUAAUCAACCAUAAUUAAAGUUGUUAUUAAGAGUUAAUUACAUUGUUAAACAAAUUUAUUAAAAAAAAAUAAUUUAACCUGUCAUUCAGGUUGCAGGUAAAAUAACUUGUUUAAAGCGGAUACUCACCAAAGUUUGUAUGAUUCAGAAAUAAUCAAAAGUUUGACUUAUUUUUAGCGGACCGCUCAAAGUUUGUAUUAUUUUUGACAAUUUUUCCUUAUAUAUUAACAGUUCGCAAAUGACUCAGCUCAAAUCUUUAACGAGUAGACGUUAUAACGAGCACUAGUCGAGGCGAGCCACACACAGCUUACGAUCCAGUCCUAAAGGAGGUAGUUAUUCCGAGACACCGGGGUAGUAGUUAAAUCCCCUCAAAACAGACAUGUAACAAACUCCCCCAACCUAUAUGCCUAGAUCAGCUGAAAAAUACCCCAAUAACCUGUGUUCAUCUGCUUAGCCAACCCGCCAAAUGGCAGCGAUUCCCAACCACCAUCUUCAUCCCUGCAAAAAUUUCGCCAUUUCUUCUUCAUCUUCUUCUCAUUCUAAAACCCUAAAUCCCUCUUCUUCAAUCUCCUUGAACCCAUCAAUUACAUUCAUCGGAAGAUUACCCACAUUCCGAUGCGAAUCCCAAAAUCGUCGGCAUUGGACGAUGGUUGAUUAUCACAUCUCUAAACUCAACCCAAUUGAAAUCAUCCCCAAUUCUCCCACAUUUCAAAUGUCUUCAAAUCAGGAGAAUUCUGUCAAAUUUUCGAAGAAGAUUUGCCUUUUUUAUUGCCCUGAAACUAAAGCUCUUGCUGAGAGAAUUGCCUCUCAAUCUGAUUCUAUCCAACUUCGUAGCAUUUCUUGGAGGACUUUUGAAGAUGGCUUCCCCAACCUGUUCAUAUCUAAUGCUCAAGGUAUACGGGGGCUGCAUGUUGCUUUCUUGGCAUCAUUCAGUUCCCCUAGUGUAAUAUUUGAGCAACUCUCUGUGAUAUAUGCUCUGCCGAAGCUUUUUGUUGCCUCCUUCACCCUUGUCCUUCCCUUUUUUCCUACUGGCACUUCUGAGCGGAUGGAAGAUGAAGGGGACGUUGCAACUGCUUUCACUCUUGCUAGGAUUUUGUCAAAUAUACCAAUUUCAAGGGGAGGCCCUACUAGCUUGGUGACAUUCGAUAUACAUGCCUUGCAGGAAAGAUUUUACUUUGGUGACAAAAUAUUGCCAUGCUUCGAGAGUGGAAUACCUUUGCUCAAAAAGAGAUUGCAACAACUGCCUGAUUCUGACAAUAUAUCUAUUGCUUUUCCUGAUGAUGGUGCAUGGAAACGCUUUCAUAAGCAGCUGCAACACUUUCCUACGAUAGUUUGUGCAAAAGUUCGAGAAGGUGAUAAACGUAUUGUUCGUCUGAAGGAGGGUAAUCCUAGAGGCCGUCAUGUUGUGAUUGUUGAUGACCUAGUACAAUCAGGUGGCACCCUUAUAGAAUGUCAGAAAGUAUUGGCUGCUCAUGGAGCUGCAAAGAUCAGUGCGUACGUCACACAUGGAAUAUUUCCAAAUAAAUCAUGGGAACGCUUUAAACCUGAUACAUCAGGUUGCCCUGAGGAGGGAAUGUCAUACUUCUGGAUCACUGACUCUUGCCCUCUGACAGUGAAGGAGGUGAAGAACCGGCCUCCUUUUGAAGUCAUUAGCCUUGCUGGAUCAAUAGCUGCAGCUCUUCAGAUUUAAUACAAUUGCGACAAUUAGCAAAAAGUAGUGCACAAAAUGAGUUUUAGUAACUCACCCAGUCUAAUCUUUUGUUGUCAGUUUUGUUUGUUGCAUAUUGUGAAGUAUACAAGAGUUUUGGUUUCACAGAGAUUGUAAAUUGUUGACGGAAUUUCAGCAGUUGCUUAAACAGCAACAAUUAUAUGAGAUAGUAGACAUCAAAUUCUUUUCAUUUCAUUGAAA